CAAAAUUACAAGGGAUUCCUUUCUGUUUGCAUUCGGAAACAUAUUAAAUAUUAAAUUCAGAAAAUGUCCGGAAUGCUAUCUAUUGGAAAAAUGAACGGCAUUCGUGCUGUAACGCCAAUAUGCCGCUACUUGUGCACUAGCUCAAAUGCUAGAUUUAUGCUUGUGAGAUCCCGUGCUGGAGAAGUCCUUGGCCGCAAACAGAUCGAAGAGAAAUCUGUUGCUAAUGGAGUAUUUUUUUGCCGAAAACAGAAGGGAGAAAAAUCUGCCACUUCAUCUGGAGAGAAGACCGGGACUGUGAAUGGAUUAAUCUUUUCCACCAAGCAUAAAGAAGAAAAACCUGCAAGCUUCAAUGGAGAGAUAUUCUGUAGCAAGCAAAAAGAAGAGAAGCCUGCUAAUUUCAAUGGAGAAAUAUUCUGUAGUAAGCAAAAGGAAGAGAAGCCAGCUAACUUCAAUGGAGAGAUAUUCUGCAUGAAGCAAAAGGAUGAAAAGCCCGGCUCUGUGAAUGGAUUAAUCCAUUCCACCAAGCACAAAGAAGAAAAGCCUGCAAGCUUUAAUGGAGAGAUAUUCUGUAGCAAGCAAAAAGAAGAGAAGCCUGCCAAUUUCAAUGGAGAGAUGUUCUGCAUGAAGCAAAAGGAUGAAAAGCCCGGCUCUGUGAAUGGAUUAAUCCAUUCCACCAAGCACAAAGAAGAAAAGCCUGCAAGCUUCAAUGGAGAGAUAUUCUGUAGCAAGCAAAAAGAAGAGAAGCCUGCUAAUUUCAAUGGAGAAAUAUUCUGUAGUAAGCAAAAGGAAGAGAAGCCAGCUAACUUCAAUGGAGAGAUGUUCUGCAUGAAGCAAAAGGAUGAAAAGCCCGGCUCUGUGAAUGGAUUAAUCCAUUCCACCAAGCACAAAGAAGAAAAACCUGCAAGCUUCAAUGGAGAGAUAUUCUGUAGCAAGCAAAAAGAAGAGAAGCCUGCCAAUUUCAAUGGAGAGAUAUUCUGCAUGAAGCAAAAGGAUGAAAAGCCCGGCUCUGUGAAUGGAUUAAUCUUUUCCACCAAGCAUAAAGAAGAAAAACCUGCAAGCUUCAAUGGAGAGAUAUUCUGUAGCAAGCAAAAAGAAGAGAAGCCUGCCAAUUUCAAUGGAGAGAUAUUCUGCAUGAAGCAAAAGGAUGAAAAGCCCGGCUCUGUGAAUGGAUUAAUCUUUUCCACCAAGCAUAAAGAAGAAAAACCUGCAAGCUUCAAUGGAGAGAUAUUCUGUAGCAAGCAAAAGGAAGAGAAGCCUGCUAACUUCAAUGGAGAGAUAUUCUGCAUGAAGCAAAAGGAUGAAAAGCCCGGCUCCGUGAAUGGAUUAAUCUUUUCCACCAAGCAUAAAGAAGAAAAACCUGCAAGCUUCAAUGGAGAAAUAUUCUGUAGUAAGCAAAAGGAAGAGAAGCCUGCUAACUUCAAUGGAGAGAUAUUCUGCAUGAAGCAAAAGGAUGAAAAGCCCGGCUCUGUGAAUGGAUUAAUCUUUUCCACCAAGCAUAAAGAAGAAAAACCUGCAAGCUUCAAUGGAGAGAUAUUCUGUAGCAAGCAAAAGGAAGAGAAGCCUUCUAACUUCAAUGGAGAGAUAUUCUGCAUGAAGCAAAAGGAUGAAAAGCCCGGCUCUGUGAAUGGAUUAAUCUUUUCCACCAAGCAUAAAGAAGAAAAACCUGCAAGCUUCAAUGGAGAAACAUUCUGUAGUAAGCAAAAGGAAGAGAAGCCUGCCAACUUCAAUGGAGAGAUAUUCAGCAUGAAGCAAAAGGAUGAAAAGCCCGGCUCUGUGAAUGGAUUAAUCUUUUCCACCAAGCAUAAAGAAGAAAAACCUGCAAGCUUCAAUGGAGAGAUAUUCUGUAGCAAGCAAAAAGAAGAGAAGCCUGCUAACUUCAAUGGAGAGAUAUUCUGCAUGAAGCAAAAGGAUGAAAAGCCCGGCUCUGUGAAUGGAUUAAUCUUUUCCACCAAGCAUAAAGAAGAAAAACCUGCAAGCUUCAAUGGAGAAACAUUCUGUAGUAAGCAAAAGGAAGAGAAGCCUGCUAACUUCAAUGGAGAGAUAUUCUGCAUGAAGCAAAAGGAUGAAAAGCCCGGCUCUGUGAAUGGAUUAAUCUUUUCCACCAAGCAUAAAGAAGAAAAACCUGCAAGCUUCAAUGGAGAGAUAUUCUGUAGCAAGCAAAAAGAAGAGAAGCCUGCUAACUUCAAUGGAGAGAUAUUCUGCAUGAAGCAAAAGGAUGAAAAGCCCGGCUCUGUGAAUGGAUUAAUCUUUUCCACCAAGCAUAAAGAAGAAAAACCUGCAAGCUUCAAUGGAGAGAUAUUCUGUAGCAAGCAAAAAGAAGAAAAACCUGCAAGCUUCAAUGGAGAGAUAUUCUGUAGUAAGCAAAAAGAAGAGAAGCCUUCUAAUUUCAAUGGAGAGAUAUUCUGCAUGAAGCAAAAGGAUGAAAAGCCCGGCUCUGUGAAUGGAGUAAUCUUUUCCACCAAGCAUAAAGAAGAAAAACCUGCAAGCUUCAAUGGAGAGAUAUUCUGUAGCAAGCAAAAAGAAGAAAAACCUGCAAGCUUCAAUGGAGAGAUAUUCUGUAGCAAGCAAAAGGAAGAGAAGCCUUCUAACUUCAAUGGAGAGAUAUUCUGCAUGAAGCAAAAGGAUGAAAAGCCCGGCUCUGUGAAUGGAUUAAUCUUUUCCACCAAGCAUAAAGAAGAAAAACCUGCAAGCUUCAAUGGAGAGAUAUUCUGUAGCAAGCAAAAAGAAGAGAAGCCUUCUAACUUCAAUGGAGAGGUAUUCUGCAUGAAGCAAAAGGAUGAAAAGCCCGGCUCUGUGAAUGGGUUAAUCUUUUCCACCAAGCAUAAAGAAGAAAAACCUGCAAGCUUCAAUGGAGAGAUAUUCUGUAGUAAGCAAAAAGAAGAGAAGCCUUCUAAUUUCAAUGGAGAGAUAUUCUGCAUGAAGCAAAAGGAUGAAAAGCCCGGCUCUGUGAAUGGAUUAAUCUUUACCACCAAGCAUAAAGAAGAAAAACCUGCAAGCUUCAAUGGAGAAAUAUUCUGUAGUAAGCAAAAAGAAGAGAAGCCUGCUAAUUUCAAUGGAGAGAUAUUCUGCAUGAAGCAAAAAGAUGAAAAGCCCGGCUCUGUGAAUGGAUUAAUCUUUUCCACCAAGCAUAAAGAAGAAAAACCUGCAAGCUUCAAUGGAGAAAUAUUCUGUAGUAAGCAAAAGGAAGAAAAGCCAGCUAAUUUCAAUGGAGAGAUAUUCUGCAUGAAGCAAAAGGAUGAAAAACCCGGCUCUGUGAAUGGGUUAAUCUUUUCCACCAAGCAUAAAGAAGAAAAACCUGCAAGCUUCAAUGGAGAGAUAUUCUGUAGUAAGCAAAAAGAAGAGAAGCCUUCUAAUUUCAAUGGAGAGAUAUUCUGCAUGAAGCAAAAGGAUGAAAAGCCCGGCUCUGUGAAUGGAUUAAUCUUUUCCACCAAGCAUAAAGAAGAAAAACCUGCAAGCUUCAAUGGAGAGAUAUUCUGUAGCAAGCAAAAAGAAGAGAAGCCUGCUAACUUCAAUGGAGAGAUAUUCUGCAUGAAGCAAAAGGAUGAAAAGCCCGGCUCUGUGAAUGGAUUAAUCUUUUCCACCAAGCAUAAAGAAGAAAAACCUGCAAGCUUCAAUGGAGAGAUAUUCUGUAGCAAGCAAAAAGAAGAGAAGCCUGCUAAUUUCAAUGGAGAAAUAUUCUGUAGUAAGCAAAAGGAGGAAAAACCCCUAGCUCUGCUUGAGAAGAUCUUCUGCAGAAAGCAAAUGCAAAAGAAUCCACGCGGAUCAUUUGCAGAAGUCUUCGGUACCAAGCGAAUGCAAGAGAAUCCCAUUGAAUUAACUGACGAUGUGUUCUGCACAAAUCAAAUGGAAGAAAAGCCCUUGAGAGCAGCUUGUAGCUUACUUAACUAAUUACUUAAAAUUCGAAUUGCUAAUAUCAUUUAUCACAUCAAAGCAUAAAUCAUAAAUAAAUUAAUUUUUAAUAUA